GUUGGGCAGCGCGGCUGGUGCCUGAGACCGGGAGGUCCCAGCUGAGGGCACCGGUUGGUGAUAUGGCAUCCAACUACUGCACAGGUUCAGACCAAGGGAAGAAAAGAGCAGCAAAACUUGAACUGAAUGAAACCCAAAAGCAAGAAAUUAAAGAGGCCUUUGAUUUAUUUGAUGUUGAUGGGUCUGGAACCAUAGAUGUGAAAGAACUGAAGAUUGCAACAAGCCUAGGAUUUGAACCAAAGAAAGAAGAAAUUAAAAAAAUGAUAGCUGAAAUCAACAAAGAAGGAAUUGGCACCAUUACUUUUGAAGAUUUUUUUGCCAUAAUGAGUGUAAAAAUGAGUGAAAAAGAUGAAAAAGAAGAAAUAUUGAAGGCUUUCAAAUUAUUUGAUGAUGAUGAUACUGGAAGCAUAACAGUAAACAAUAUCAAGAGGGUUGCUAAAGAACUGGGGGAAAAUUUAACAGAUGAUGAACUUCAGGAAAUGCUUGAUGAAGCUGAUCGUGACAGGGAUGGAGAAAUAAAUGAGGAAGAAUUUUUGAGAAUGAUGAAAAAGACCACUCUUUAUUAAUACUUUUUUUAUUCCUUCUGGAAAGUUGUUAACAACUUUAUAUUUGCUACACAGUUCCAUCAUAUCUGAAUGUAUUUUCAAUUUUUAGUUUAUAUGCACAGAUUGGUCUCUUGAUGUUUAAUCCAUGUGAGAAAUUACAUGUUUCUACCAAUAUGUUGUUAAAUCUGCAGCAUCAAGAAACAAAGGAAAUGUAAUGAUUUCUGUGAACCAUGGAUCCCAAACCAGUAUUAAUUCCAACUGCUUACUUUUAAAGCUCCAGGGUCUGAAGACUUAGAAUUUUUUUAAGUUUAAUGAAAUUGACCCCACAUCCAAAUGAAUUUGGCAGGUAA